CUGCUGCUGCUGAGGCUGCUGCUGCUGCUGCUGCUGGUGGUUUGGUGAUUGGUGCAGGGGGGAAACUGCGUCGCCAAGUCUGAGAGGCUGGAAUCACGGGUCAGUAGAACUGGAACCCGCUUUGCAACAUAACGCGCUUUUUCUCUCACGUUCUCGAAUGCUUCCAGAUGUAUCCAGAUGCAGCUCAGUUCGCUUUAACGCGGCGACGUUUGGAUGCGGUUUGUUUCCUCUGCGGCUCUGAGUCUCUCCGCUCGACCAUAAUAUGAUUUAACGUUUGGGAGGAUAUUUCAACAGGGUGCCAGUCUGUGUUUGACUACACGGGAAUCUCUACUUCUUCUUCCAGCAUCACACUAUAACGUCUAGAGAAGAAUACAUCAAGGAUAGAAGACAUUAAAGGGAUUUUCCUUGACCGCCCUACAGAUGGACUAAAAAAAAAAAAAGCAAAGAAGCUUCAGUUUCUCUGGAUUUUAACUCUGUUCACUCUCACUCACUGAGCUGUGUGUGGGUUUUUUUCUCUCUUGUGUUUUUGGAGGAAAUAAUUCUGGACAACAUGAAAGUUAUUUCGGCUAUUUUGCUCGUUGCCGUUUGUUGGAGCCAGGAGUGGAAGUCUGCGCUCUCAGAUUCAAUCAUCCACAUCGGCGCCAUCUUUGACGAGUCAGCACGGAAAGAUGAUGAGGUGUUUCGCCUUGCCGUGGCAGAUCUCAAUUUGAACAACGAGAUCUUGGAGACAGAGAAGAUCACCAUCUCGGUGGAAUUCGUUGAUGGCAACAACCCCUUCCAGGCUGUGCAAGAAGCCUGUGAGCUGAUGAACCGUGGUAUCCUGGCUCUGGUCAGUUCAAUUGGCUGCAUGUCCGCGGGCAGCCUUCAGACUCUGGCCGAUGCCAUGCACAUCCCCCACCUCUUUAUCCAGCGCUCCCCAGCGGGAUCACCUCGCUCCGCCUGCCCACAAACCAGUCGCCUCCCUGGAACAGAUGACUACACCCUAAUGGUCCGCCCACCCGUCUAUCUCAAUGAGGUCAUCAUGCAAGUGGUGUCUGAGUAUAGCUGGCAGAAGUUCAUCCUCUUCUAUGAUUCAGAUUUUGAUAUCCGUGGUAUUGAAGAUUUCCUGGACCGCACCUCUCAGCAGGGAAUGGACGUAUCCCUUCAGAAGGUGGAAUCUAAUAUCAACAUGAUGAUCACAAGUCUGUUCAGAACAAUGCGUGUGGAGGAGCUGCAUCGUUACAGGGAUACACUACGCAGAGCCGUGCUGUUCAUGAGCCCAGCUACUGCCAAGGCUUUUAUCACUGAGGUGGUGGAGACCAACCUGGUGGCCUUCGAUUGUCACUGGAUCCUGAUUAAUGAGGAGAUCACAGACUACGACUUGCAGGAGUUAGUCUUGAAGUCGAUCGGUCGGCUGACGCUGGUGCGACAGACGUUCCCCAUGCCCCAGAACACAACUCAGCGCUGUGUCAAACACAACCACAGGAUUAACACCUCCCUGUGUGACCCUAAAAACCCCAGAUCUCACCAGCUAGAGAUCAGCAACCGCUACAUUUAUGAUACUGUGUUGCUGCUGGCCAACACCUUCCACAGAAAGCUGGAGGAUAGGAAGUGGCACAGCAUGGCCAGUCUGAGCUGCAUCAGGAAGACCUCCAAACCGUGGCAGGGAGGCAAGAGCAUGCUGGAUACUAUCAAAAAGUUCGGAGUGAGCGGCCUCACCAGUUUCCUGGAGUUCACUGACAACGGCAGCAACCCCAACAUCUUCUUUGAAAUCCUGGGAACAAGUUAUGGAGAAGACAGGGGACGAGGAGUCAGUAGGCUGGCAACGUGGGACCCAGUUCACGGUUUGAAUGGCACGCUGACGGACAGGAAAUUGGAAAAUAACAUGAGAGGUGUGGUGCUACGAGUCGUCACUGUUCUGGAGGAGCCGUUUGUAAUGGUGUCAGAGAACGUUCUGGGGAAACCGAAGAAGUACCAGGGCUAUUCUAUUGACGUCCUGGAUGCUCUGUCCAACUACCUUGGCUUCAAGUACGAGAUCUACGUCGCUCCAGACCACAAAUACGGCAGCUUGCAGCCUGACGGUCAGUGGAACGGACUGAUGGGGGAAUUGGUCUUUAAGCGAGCCGAUGUGGGACUUUCUGCCCUGACCAUCACGCCUGAGCGAGAGAGCGUCGUGGACUUCACCACACGCUACAUGGAUUAUUCUGUGGGCGUUCUGCUGCGCAAGGCCGAGCGCACUGUGGACAUGUUUGCCUGCCUGGCGCCCUUCGACCUGUCACUGUGGGCGUGCAUCGCGGGCACUGUGCUCCUUGUUGGCAUCCUGGUGUACUUGCUCAACUGGCUCAACCCACCCCGGCUACCCAUGGGAUCUGUGUCCUCGACAACACUGUACAAUUCCAUGUGGUUCGUGUACGGCUCCUUUGUACAACAAGGUGGAGAGGUUCCCUACACUACUCUAGCUACGAGGAUGAUGAUGGGCGUCUGGUGGAUGUUUGCUCUUAUUGUCAUCUCCUCGUAUACCGCUAACCUAGCAGCCUUCCUCACCAUCUCGCGCAUAGAGAACUCCAUACAGUCCCUCCAGGACUUAUCCAAGCAGACAGAGUUGCCUUAUGGUACAGUGUUGGACUCCGCAGUAUACGACCAGGUGCGCUCCAAGUCUAUGAACCCCUUUGAGAGAGAUCCCAUGUACUCCCAGAUGUGGCGGAUGAUUAACCGCACCGGAGGAGGAGAUAAUAACGUCGAGGAGUCAAAAGAAGGCAUUCGCAAGGUGAAGUACGGUCGAUUUGGCUUUGUGUGGGAUGCAGCAGUUCUGGAGUACGUUGCUAAUAAUGACGAGGACUGCUCGUUCUACACUGUCAGCAGCAACGCGCCAGACCGUGGUUAUGGUAUCGCCAUGCAGCACGGCAGCCCCUACAGGGACAUUUUCUCCCAAAGAAUCUUGGAGCUUCAGCAGAACGGCGACAUGGAUAUACUGAAGCUCAAGUGGUGGCCCAAGGACAGCCCAUGCGACCUCUACAGCUCAGUCCAGACACGACAGCGCGGCAACGCCCUGGACAUCCACAGCUUCGCUGGCGUUUUCUGCGUCUUGGCAGCCGGCGUGGUGCUCUCCUGCCUCAUCGCCAUGGUGGAAAGCUGGUGGUCGCGGAGGAAGGGAUCCAGGGUCCCCUCCAAGGAGGACGAUAAGGAGAUCGACCUGGAGCACCUACACCGCCGGGUUAACAGCUUGUGCACCGAGGAUGAAAGCCCCCACAAGCAGUUCUCCACCUCUUCCGUCGAUUUAACACCCCUUGACAUGGAUGCGCUGCCUGCCGCUCGCCAGGCACUCGAGCAGAUCAGCGAUUUCCGCAACACCCACAUCACCACCACCACCUUCAUCCCCGAGCAGAUCCAGACCCUCAGCCGCACCCUCUCUGCCAAAGCCGCUGCUGGAUUUUCCGCUGGUUUCGGUGGCGGCGGCGUCGGCGUCCUCCAGGACCACCGGACUGGCGGGGUGGGCCCUUUCAGGCAGAGGGCCCCCAACGGUGGCUUCUUCCGCAGCCCCAUUAAAACAAUGUCCUCCAUCCCCUACCAGCCCACAGGUCCAGGACCCAACUUUGGAUAUGGCAAUGAUCCAGACAGGGGCACCUCUAUAUGAGGAGUUGCUAAGGAUACGGUUGGUUCAGGAGAAAGAGGAAAAGGAGGAGCAGAAGGAGGCAAGGUGGCUAGGGUCGGUCAUGGGAUGGUAGAACAAAUACAGCUAAAAAGUCAGAGGAUAGAGAUGUGUACAUAGGAAUCUUUAUGUUUUCAGUUUCUGCUUGGGUGUUUCCAGGGGUGUCUAUUUUGUAUGUGGAGAAGACGAAGGAGGUGGAGGUCUGUUAGGAUGUUCCUUAUCUUCCUGCAAACCAAGCUGGUGAGGUGCAAAAAGGGAAGGUGUAAGGGGGGGCUUGAAUCUUUGCUUUAUUGUUGUUGUUCUUGUGAUUGUUUGGGGGAUUAUUUUUGGGGAUAUGUGUGAGAAGGGAUCUUUUUUAUUGCUUCUGUUCUAUGAUAUGAGGACUGCCUCAUGUAAUGGAGAUCUGCUGAAAUGACCUGACAAUUCUUAUCUAAACCCCACCUCGGAGGGUUUAAUUUAUCCUACUCCAACCACAGGAAACACGUCUAUAUUCCUGUGAGCUCCAGGGCUGCCAUUGGUGGAUGACUGGUGGUGUCGUUUGCCAUUAAACAACUCCAAGGGGCUCCCACUACUAAGCAAUUAUUGAGUUGUUAUUUUAUGAAGGCAUAUAUAACAAUAGUUUUGUCUGUAGCCCUGGGAAUACAUACAGCAGCCCCUUGUAGUUUUGAGAAGGCCCCAUCUCAGUGAAUACUGGAAGAUUCCACUUCUCCACUUUUACUCUGCCUUUUCACUAUGUGGGAGUCCAAACUGAGGUUUCUCUUCUCUGGUGUCGUUUCACCAAUAUCUGGGCUUCUAAAUGUGUGAUCAUCUCCAAGGGGGUGUCCACACUGUGGCCUGACUAGACCUAAGACUUUGCAGCUGAACCCCAUCACGGUGCAUCGGUCUGAAUACUGCUGAAAUGCCAUUACAGUGCAACAAUAUGACACUGAAUCACCAGUUUUGGUGCGUCGAUCUUGAACUAUUUCUGCCAUUUUGGUGCAUCAGCCUGAAACGGUUUUCACCACUUUGAUGCACAUUAAAGACUCUUUGUCAACCCCACUGCACUGUACCAGUGCCCACAGACCUGUAAGUGAUUGUAUGUAGAUCUGACCUUUUCUUUUCUCACCUGUACUGUGCUAUCUGCUUUUCAAGUCAAGGUGAGAUCCUCUAAUCAGACUCUCAAGAGGGAUAGUAAAAAGGGAUGAUACAAAAAACGACAUAAAGAGAAAAAAAAACUUAAAAGACAAGCCGAAAGACUUCAAAAAGCUUAUGCUUAUUAUAUGUCUUUUAUUGAAUUUUGUUUUUGAAAAAAAUAGAUUUUAAUGCGUGGAAUGUGUUUUGGUCAGGAAGUACAAAAAAUAACAUUGUUCUGAGCUGUCUACUUGUUUUUUUUCUCUCAGCAAACUUUGAAAAACUGCUAAAUGAGUGCUGUAGUCUCUGGUUUUGCAUCAUUAAGUCAUCCAAACUUUUGAUUUUUCUUUGUUUUGCUUAAUUUUUAGUGCUGCCAUAGCCCGGGUGUUUAAAAGAUAAAAGCUCAUUCUUUAAAGUCAUGUCAUGUUCGAGUUCAUCAAUCACUUCUUAUCAGGUCCAAGUGGUGAAAUGGAGUUUAUUUUGCGUUGAGGAGAAGCCAUUGCAAGAGCGUCUUCAGUACAGGCCUUAUAUGUCAACUAGCUAGCUGUACCCUCCUGACUUCCAGUCAAACCCAAAACUUCACCGCGUACUGGAAACAUUAUCGAGCAGCAAAUCAGUGGUUGUGCUUUAGGGUCAUGGGAAUGUCACCAAGAGUCAACGGCCAUCGGAACCCAAUGGCUGCCUUUUAUGAGAGGAAUCCGAAAUAUACUUCUAUUUCAUAUCUGUAAUGUUAAGGGUACUGUUUAUAUAACUUGUUUUUUUAAAGUGCCAAUUAAUUCAAAUGAGACCAUUAAGGUGCAUUUUGGGGUGGGGGAAGGGGAACGGUACAUUAAGAGCAUUAAAGGAACAUUUUGUGGAUUAAGGGGUGGGGUGGUAAAAUGGAACCAAAUCUUUUUCACUAACACUGUAUUAAUAAUUGAUAAUGUUAGUUGUUUAGAUCAAGUUUUCAGUUUGUUAUCUUUAAGAACUAAAACCGCAAAAUGUUGUGCGUAGAGAACUCAGUCGAGCCACAGUGUUUUGAAGCAUUCUUAGGCGUUCUUUUCUUAUAUUAGGCUACAGUAUGGCUAUUGAAUGACAAAUAGGACACAGACAUUUAAAAAGGUUUUAUUUAGUAUAAAUGAAAGAGACAUUAUAAAAAUGUAUAUUUUACAUGUUGAUGCUAUUUUUGUUUAACAAAAAGAAAAAGAGUAUAUCAUGAUGAACUUUAGUGUUGAGUUUAGCAGUCACAUUACUGCGUUUGUUUUUCCCUUGUUCCGCCCAUGGUCAACAUAAACACAAACUCUUUGCUUUUCUCACGUCAUCCUGAGUUCAUUUUAUUAUUUGCUGGCUAAAUAACAAAAAGUGGCAAGUUGAUUAAAAAGAAAGCAUGCACAAACUUGCUCUUGCGCUAUCUGUUAACAUUUUUAAUUUCAUACAUAGAACUACAGGAUUUACUUGAUAAUUUUCAAAAAUUUAUGAUGUACAGUAUUUAAUAUAGGCCUAUUUUGUUGUAUGUGUUGCAUAUUAUUCAAAAACUGAACAAACUGGGGCCUCUGUUACAAGUGGCAAAGCUUUCUGUGUAUAAUUUGUCUAAUAAACAGGUUUUCUACAGUGGGA